UACCACCAACACGAACACUCCACCACCUCUCCCUUUCCGUCGCGUCACAGGCCACGGCGAGCGGCGGCGGAGGGGCUCUUGCCGGAUUCGACGGCCAGUGGAGGUGCCCCGGUUUCAGCCGUCCCUAGAUUGACCCUGCUUUCCUCCCCAACGAAUCCAAGUUGCGCAAAUGCCGACGCCGGUGAAGUCGGUGCUUCCCGUGGUGCUCCUCGGCUGCGGCGGCGUCGGCCGCUACCUCCUCCGCCACAUCGUCUCCUGCCGCCCCCUCCACGCCAACCAGGGCGUGGCCAUCCGGGUGGUGGGCGUCGCCGAUAGCUCCUCCCUGCUCGUCGCCGAAGAUGUCCACUCCAACGGCCUCGACGACGCGCUCCUCACCCAGCUCUGCGCCGCCAAGUCCGCCGGCUCUCCCCUCUCCUCCCUGCUUGCCCAAGGGCACUGUCAGCUGUUCAAGAAUCCUGAGGCUAGGGGCAAAGUCAUAGACGCCGCUACCACACUUGGAAGAACAACUGGUCUGGUGCUAGUUGACUGUUCUGCAACUUAUGACACUGUUAGUCUGCUGAAUGAUGCUGUGGGUCAUGGAUGCUGUAUUGUAUUGGCAAACAAGAAACCUCUUACCGGUGCUUAUGAGGAUUUUCAGAAGUUGGUCUCCAACUUCCGUCGGAUAAGAUUCGAAUCUACUGUUGGAGCAGGUUUGCCUGUGAUAGCUUCUGUAACCCGUAUUAUUGCAUCUGGAGAUCCUGUUUCUCGUAUUGUUGGCAGUUUGAGUGGUACACUUGGGUAUGUGAUGAGUGAGCUUGAGGAUGGAAAGAAAUUUAGUGAAGUUGUAAAAAAUGCCAAGUCUCUUGGCUAUACAGAACCAGAUCCACGUGAUGAUCUUGGUGGAAUGGAUGUGGCUAGAAAGGCAUUGAUCCUGGCUAGGCUUCUGGGCCAACAGAUAAGCAUGGAGAAUAUCAAUGUUGAGAGUUUAUAUCCUAGCGAAUUAGGACCUGAUGCAGUGUCCACAAAGGACUUCCUUGAGAGUGGUUUAGUGCAACUUGACAAGAGCAUGGAAGAAAGAGUCAAAGCAGCAGCAUCGAGAGGAAACGUUCUUCGCUACGUAGCUGAGAUUGAAAGCACAGGGUGCCAAGUAGGCCUUAAAGAGCUCCCAAAGGAUUCUGCACUGGGUAGAUUGAGGGGAAGUGACAAUGUGGUGGAGAUAUACAGCAGAUGUUACCAGAGCUCCCCUCUGGUGAUCCAGGGCGCAGGAGCUGGCAAUGACACCACUGCCGCCGGCGUCCUUGCUGAUAUAAUUGACCUCCAAGACCUGUUCCAGACAACGGCAUGAUCGUAGAUCGGCAUCCAACACCAUCUUGAUUCUUGCAAGGCACCAGGGCUUUUUGGUACUCUGAUCGGUGGUGCUACUGUGUGUCCGUCAGGCAGGGACUCAGCGUGCGCUUUUGCUUGUUCACUUCAGUCGUGUACUCCUGUGUGCAUUUGGUUCCUUCAGCCGCUCCACUGAGACGCGUCUGACAUUAGAAUAGGAUUUGAAUUUUGAGCAGCCAUGUGGGGGCUCUUUACAGUUCACAUAGAGGAAAACUUUGUUUCAGUGAAAUAAUGUCGCGGGUCUCUACAUUAAGCAGUCAGACUGAUGUUGCUGCUAGAUGAUAGUGAAAGAGUAAACUUUUGAUUUCGAGCAAUUCUGAUUGUGGAUGAUGUAUCGGAAACUCUGCACUUUGCCGUGCACGCUGGCACAAGUAUGUAGGUAGCCUGAAAUCGUGGCCAGUUUGUCAAAAAAUUUUCUUGGUUGUGCCAUUGUACGCGAUUCCACGGAUUUAAGAUGUUAUU